AUGACCGGCAGUACCACAUUCCAGGAAACUCUGGGUCUCAAGUCUGCGUAUGCGAUCGGCUGGAGGCAGCCUAGCCCUGCUGAGCUGCCUAGCCCUGCUGAGCUGAAUCGGCAGUCUCCGGAGGCUCUUGAAGGGACUCGAUUAAGCACGGAUCCUUUCGGGGACUUCCAGAGUUUAUUAGCUGCAAGGUACGAGGCUCUAACACCGUGGUGGUUCACCAUGAGCCCUGUACGAGGCUGGCUGCUGGGCCAGGUUCUACUCCUUCUGGGGACCCAGGCUGCUCUAUCCCCGUCCGGCGAGCAGGGGAAGCUGGUCCGGACCAUCAGGGUCAGACGACAGGCACCUUCAGAUGGCCCCACCAGCCAAUCUAACAACCAGACCAUCAAGGACCAGCCAAUGGUCUUCAACCAUGUGUACAACAUCAACGUGCCCCUAGAGUCUCUGUGCUCAGUGGAUCUGGACUCAGCAGUGCCUCUACCUAGCCAGGCCACCAGAGGGGCUGUGUCCAGUGAGGGUGGGGAGGGCGCCACGGAGUUCACAGAGCAGACAGUGGAUGCAGACAGCCAGGUCAUCUUCACCCACCGCAUCAACAUCCCCAAACAGGCCUGCGCCUGUCCUACAGCCAACAUCGUGCAGCAGCUGGCCAUCCGCAUCGAGAUGCUGGAGAGAGAGGUGUUGCUGCUGAGAGCACAGUGCAGCUCUGGUAACUGUGGCUGUGGAGAGAGUUCAGCCAUGGGUCACCUGGACUUUAUUCCCCAGUGCAGUGGCCAUGGCAGCUUCAAAAUGGACCUGUGUGGCUGUGUGUGUGAGGACGGCUGGACGGGCAAGAACUGCUCUGAGCCGCGCUGCCCAGACAACUGCUCCGGACAGGGAGUGUGUAUGGAGGGUGAGUGUGUGUGUGACCGUGACUUCGGGGGGGACAACUGCUCAGAGCCCCGCUGCCCGGCGGACUGCUCCGGUCGAGGGCUGUGCAUGGAUGGGGAGUGUAUCUGUGAGGAGAACUUCACUGGAGAGGACUGUACACUGGGUCGCUGCCUCAAUGACUGUUCUGACCAGGGCCUGUGCACCAACGGAACCUGCCAGUGUCGCCCGGGAUACGUAGGAGAAGACUGCUCCUUGGCCUACUGCGCCAACAACUGUAGUCAGAAGGGCAUUUGUAAAGAAGGCUUCUGUGUCUGCCAAGAUGGCUUCGCUGGAGAAGACUGCUCUGCAGUGGCUCCGGCUCUGAACCUGCGCAUGCGGGGAGUGACGGAGCAUACCAUUGACCUGGAGUGGGAGGGGUCAGUGUUGAUGACGGACUACCUGGUCACCUACGUGGCCACCAGCCCAGGUGGGUUCCAGCUGGAGAUCAGGAUCCCUGGGAACACCACCACCUGCAGUAUCCCAGACCUGGAGCCUGGCAUCGAGUACAACAUCAACGUCUACGCUGUGCUCAACAACGUCAUCAGUGCCCCUACCAACACUCAGGUGUCAACCUAUCUCUCAAAUCCAGACGGUUUACUCUUCAAAUCCAUCACAGAGACGUCAGUGGAGGUGCAGUGGCAACCUUUCUACUACUCCUUUGAUGGCUGGGAAAUAAGCUUCAUUCCCAAGGACAAUGAUGGAGGGAUGACAGCCCAGCUUCCCAGCACCAUCACUUCGUUCCACCAGACAGGGCUGAGGCCAGGGGAGGAGUACACCGUCAACCUGGUAGCUCUGAGGGACCAAGGCCGCAGUCAGCCUGUAUCCGCCACCGUCACCACAUUGAUUGAUGGGCCGACAAAGCUAAUAGUGCGUGAUGUCUCGGACUCGGUGGCCUUCGUGGAGUGGACCAAUCCCAAGGCCAAGAUGGACCAGAUAGUGCUGCGUUAUGGCCUGGUAGGAGGGGACAGUCCCAAGACCACUUUCCGUCUGCAGCCCACCCUCAGCCAGUACUCCCUGCAGAUGCUGAGGCCAGGCUCUCGCUAUGAGGUGUCCAUCAGUGGUGUUCGCAAGGGCAAUGAGAGUGGAACCAUCUCCACAGAAUUCAGCACCGUUCUGGUGUUCCUCUCAGAGAUCGACGCGCCCAAGAACUUGCGAGUGCUGUCCAAGUUCUCCACCACCCUGGAGCUGGAGUGGGACAACAGCGAGGCGGAGGUAGAGGGGUACCAGGUGGUCUACAGCACCCUAGCAGGGGACCAAUACGAAAAAGUCAUUGUCCCACUCAACGAUGGACCCACCAGCAAGACCACACUCACAAACUUGUUGCCAGGUACAGAGUAUGGCAUUGGCAUAUCGGCUAUGCUUGGCACCAACCAGAGUUUUCCUGCCACAAUGAACGCCAGAACUGGUCUAGAUGUCCCCAUGGACCUCACUGUGACAGCGUCCACAGACAACACCAUCACCCUGCUGUGGAGGAUGGUCCAGGGGCCUAUCGACCACUACAUGGUCACCUACACCUCCUCAUCUGGCCUGACCACGGAGGUGACCAUCCCCAAGGACGUGACCACCACCACACUCAAUGACCUGGAGCCAGGCACAGAAUACACCAUCACUGUAGCUGCCCAGAGGGGAAGGCAGCAGAGCACUGCAGCCACCAUCGAUGGCUUCACAGGCUUCCGCCCCAUCAUAGCACUCUACUUGUCUGAUGUCACAUGGGACUCGGUGACGGUGGCAUGGAGUGCCCCUGCCCCACCCGCAGACCUCUACAUCCUCACCUAUAGCUCUGAGGACGGCACUGACACGUCCAAGGUUACCCUGGAUGGAUCCAAGACCCGGUCCUCUCUCAAGGGACUCCUGCCCUCCACAGAGUACACCGUCAGCCUUAUCACCAUACAUGGAGAGGUGAAGUCUGAGACUGUCACAGCCACGCUCACCACAGGAAUGGAUCCACCUAAAGAGAUGACUGUGUCAUAUGCCACUGAAGACUCCGUCAUCAUAUCAUGGUUGAGACCAUUUGCUCCCUUCGACUACUACAAGAUGUCCUAUCAAUCAGCAAGAGGGACAGUGGACAGCGUGGUAAUUGACAAUGACGUCACUAACUACACCCUGUCCAGCCUCCACCCAGCAACAGAGUAUGAGAUCAACCUGAACGUUGUGCGAGGCAGCCAGGAGAGCAAGUCCAUCGCCACCACUGUCUUCACAGCGAUGGACAUGCCAAUGGAACUAACAGCCCUCAACAUUACCCCACAAGGAGCUUUACUCCGGUGGAACCCUCCUCUGUCCAGCGUUGACAACUACGUGUUCACCCUCACCUGCUACCAGGUGACAGCUAAUACCUUCCUGGUGGAAGGUGUGAAACAGGAGCACCAGCUUAGUAAACUCAAGCCCAGCACCACUUACUCUGUAGCCCUCUACGCCACCAAGGGACCCUUGACCAGUGGAACUGUCAUCGCCAACUUUGAAACACCCAUGGACGCUCCUCUGAACCUGACGGCUAGCGAGGUGAACCACCGCAGUGCCCUCAUCUCCUGGCAACCGCCCAUCGCAGACAUCGACAACUACAUGCUCACAUACAAGUCAGUGGACGGCAACAGAAAGGAGCUGAUCCUGGAUGCCGAGGACACUUGGAUCCGUCUGGAGGGGCUGGCAGAAACCACAGAAUACACUGUGAGGUUGCAGGCUGCCAGGGGAUUAGAGACCAGCGGAAUCGUCUCUACGGCCUUCACAACAGGAAAUCGUCUGUUUGCCACCCCACAGAACUGUGCCCAGCAUCUGUUGAACGGGGAGUCCCUCAAUGGCGUCUACACCAUCUACAUCAACAGAGACGCUAAUCAGGGAGUGCAGGUCUACUGUGAUAUGACCACAGAUGAAGGAGGCUGGAUCGUGUUCCAACGUCGUCAGAACGGCCUGACAGACUUCUCCAGGAAGUGGAGUGACUACAGGGUCGGCUUUGGAAACCUGGAGGAUGAAUUCUGGCUCGGUUUGGACAACAUACAGAAGCUCUCAGCUCAAGGUCGCUAUGAGCUCCGGAUCGACAUGAAGGAUGGCCAGGAGUCUGUCUACGCCAGCUAUGACAAGUUCGCCAUUGGAGACGUCAGGAAUCUGUACAAACUCAGGAUAGGAGAGUACAAUGGCACAGCUGGGGACUCGCUGAGCUAUCACCAAGGCCGCCCCUUCUCCACCAAGGACAGAGACAAUGACAUCGCCGUGACCAACUGUGCUCUGUCCUACAAAGGAGCCUGGUGGUACAAAAAUUGCCAUCGGGCCAACCUGAACGGGAAAUACGGCGAGUCGAGACACAGUCAGGGUAUCAACUGGUACCACUGGAAGGGCCAUGAGUUCUCUGUCCCCUUUGUGGAGAUGAAAAUGAGGCCGUUCAACUACCGCAGCAUCAGUGGCAAGCGAAGGAGGUCCACUCCUCCAGAGUAAACCUCUACACCUUACCCCUCAACCCCAAUCCAGCUUGCUGUUCCUACUUUUACAUAAGGCUGAAAGACAAAAGGAGGAGCUAUGCAAUUUAUACAAAAUUUGAAUGACAAUGGUUCUGUUAGCUAGCCUAGAUAUCCAGACUGAACUCAGCUCUAUUUCAUGUUUGUUUCACAAUCCAUUCAGUCUGGAUUUUAAGGCUAUCUAUUUGCUAAAAUAGGGAGGUAAACCAUAAGGUUUUUGUGUUUAGUUAUUUGCCCUGUCCUGGAAGAUGAAGAGAUGAACUCAGAGUAGCUGUCAUGAUCUUCUCUCUAUCUAUACAAUAUAAGUACAUGAGAGCUGGGAUUAUUUUUCCCAUUAAAAAAAUAAAGUAAUUUUAACAAAAUUCUAUAUGCCCGUAAACAAGUAAGAUAUCUCUAUUUUUAUAACUGAUAUUGUAACAAAGUUAAUGUAUUACAUGAUAUAAUUUGAUGCCUUGUUAUUGAUAUUUUUAUUGAAAUAGCAACCCUCCAUGAGCUUCAUAGUCAAAUGCCUGCAUGGAGAAAUUCAUUGGACAUUGACAAAACAUUGGCACUCAUAAUGAGCCAAUCAGCAUUAGCAAUCACCAAGCUACACACCAGCCUGUAGCAGUGGAUUCAACACCAGCUAUUGAUUUAUUUAUUUAUUUAUUAAUCCACACCCUUGUUGGAAUGGAAGAAACAGGAUCAUCAAACAAUAGCUGCUCAACUUGAAAUGUAUAGGCCUCGACUCCAGUGCCCAUUUAGUAGGAAAAUAACAGUGAGCAAGUUAUUUGCGCUGAGGUAAUACAUAGUAUGACCAUUGUCAUUCAAUACUUGUCUUUACACUGCCCUGCGUAACUCAAAUAUAUAACAUUGUUGACCAAUAUUCACAUACGGUAUUCUCCAUGAGGAGAUUCCAACUCCACAAACAAACAUAAAGCUGUGUGAAGAUCCUGUUGAGGAAUUAGCACUCUCAAAUGUUUCCCCGCUAUGUUACUUGCAUUGAUGGUGCUAAUAGUUCUGACAUGAAACCAAAGAUUUGCUGAAGAGAAAAUGCGCUGGCGACAGAGCUCUCUUUCUUUGUAGCCUCAUCAUCACCUUAGCAGAUGUUUUUGUGAUCCUCGGUUUUAGGCCCAGCAACAAUUCUCAUGGUUACUUUGUGAACAUUAGUUCUUUGUCAGUAUUUUAGUGACUGAUUUGAAAUUGAUAAGCUCAUUUACUGUAUGUUGGUGUUCGAUAGUCGUCCUGUACGUUAUACAAUCCUCCUGUCUCACCCGUAUUUAAUGUUUAACUAUGUUAUGCCACCAGUGCAAGUAACACUUGGCCUGCUGUAGAGAACCCCUCAUGUCCUCGGUGUACAUUUGAUGGAUACACUAUAAUCCUACUUAUCCAAUACUUUUCAUCAAAUCGUUUAACGGUAUUGUUCUCCUUAGUUGUUUUUAUUGACUAAUUGACAAAUAUUUCCAUUCAGAUAUGGCUUAAGUACCCUCACCCAAUCUCUACAAACUGUAACAACCACACAGUGGGUCAUAAUCAUUUUGUACAUUUUAUGUCGUUCAUUGUCCUUUAGACUUGAUGACUUGAAACAAUGGUGGUUGUCCAUCCUAUAGACUACUGGUACUAAUAUAUCCAUUUAAGAAUUAGGAGGAGGAGACAUUUCAGUAUUUACUUUUGUAGAUGCAGAGUAAUAUAGAAGCAUUAAGAAACGCUGAUACUACUUCCCCUAUUGUUCUAACCAUAGUUGUUAACACAGACUUGCUUUGAAAAGGGGUGAGCCUACUGCAUGCUAUCAAUCAUGAUCAACACCUCCAUGAUAACAACAAAUGUGUCACCAGAAUCUGCAUCGUUGGGAAGGGCUCUUAAGCAAGCAUUUCACGGUAAAUUCCAUACCCUUUGUAUUCAGCGCAUGUGACAAAUAAAAUGUGAUUUGAUUUUGAUUUACUUUUGAAUUUAAAUGUUAGAAAUUCUCCUCUGAAUUCUGCUUGUCAGGUGACUGUUUCAGAUCUGUUAAUGCAAUGCAUCUCCCAGAGCAAGACAGUGUUUUCUUUUUUACUAGAAUAGGAUGUGUACUUAUUUAUUAACUACUUAGACUAACUUUGCUUCAUGGCACUUUGUGCAAGGAAUGAGUGGUGAAGCUCUGUAGAUAACAGAUGGAAUGUAUGUAACAUAAGAGAUAUCACUUUUGUCAAACGCUGGUGUGGCCCGAAUUGUAAUCCAAAUGCUUACUGACUCCUGCUCUGUUUCACAGAAAUCUGAAAUUAAUGAAUUGUCAAUCAAUCAAUCAGAAUGACACAGUCUUAUUUUGCAAAGCCUCACGUUUGGUCAAGUGAAGUGUUCUGAUUAUUCAGAAGAUUAUCCAGAAGUUGAUGCAGGCCUAUUCCAAGCUGUAGGACAGGUAUACUGUAAUUCUUAUUUAUGUUAUGAUUCCUUUCAGUAACUUAACCUUUUCCUUCACACCUCUGGUUUAGCAGGGCUGUGUGCAAUGUGCACACACAUUAAGCUCGUUGUCACUAUUUAAACCCCCAGAAUCUCUUCCAAGAAUUCAACUUGAGGUCUGAGCUGGAAAAGUAUUUAAAAUGCAGUGAUUAAAUACCCUUACCUGUUUUGAUAUGGUUUCAGGGGAGCCUAAAGAGAGAAUAUCUACAAAGAACUAGAAUUCUGAUUGGAAGGUAUUAGAGUAUUAAGAUACUGUUAUCUUGUGUUUGGCUUAUGAUGUAAAAGCACAUCUAACUAUUGAAGGGAACCUCAAGUGCAAAUGCAUGUAAUCAAUGUUGGCUGAGAAAAUGCUGAGUGCUAAAGAUUAUAAACAGAUUGAGGGAUACCGAGGAGGAAAAAAAUGCUCACUAAAAAUGUAUUGUCUGUAAGAAAGGUAAUAGAAUCUCAAUAUGCUGAAUAUAAAGUUGUUUAAUCAUGCCUUUACACUCCAGGACAACACUUUGCACAUGCACUAAAUUGUCAAAAGUAUGUGGACACCCCUUCAAAUGAGUGGAUUCAGCUACUUCAGCCACUCCCAUUGCUGACCGGUGUAUACAAUCGAGCACACAGCCAUGCAAUCUCCAUAGACAAACAUUGGCUGUACAAUGUCCCGUACUGAAGCUCUCAGUGACUUUCAACUUGGCACCAACAAGUCAGUUUGUCAAAUCUCUGCCUUGCUACAGCUGCCCUGGUCAACUGUCAGUGCUGUUAUUGUGAAGUGGAAACGUCUAGGAGCAGUAACGGCUCAGCUGCAAAGUGGUAGGCCAUACAAGCUUACAGAACAGAACCGCCGAGUGCUGAAGCGCAUAGCGUGAAAAAAUUGUUCAACCUUCCAAAUUGUUCAACCUUCCAAACUGCCUCCGGAAGCGAUGUCAGCACAGCUUCAGCACAACUUCAUGAAAUGGGUUUCCGUGGCCGAGCAGCCGCACACAAGCCUAAGAUCACCAUGCGUAAUGCCAAGUGUUGGCUGGAGUGGUGUACAGUUUGCCACCAUUGGACUCUGGAUCAGUGGAAACGUGUUCUAUGGAGUGAUAAAUUAGGCUUCACCAUCUGGUAGUCCGACGGACAAUGCUGGGUUUGGCAGAUGCCAUGAGAAUGCUCCCUGUCUGACUGCAUAGAGACAACUGUAAAGUUUGGUGGAGGAGGAAUAACGAUCUGGGGCUGUUUUUCAUGGUUCAGGCAAGGCCCUUUAGUUCCAGUAAAGGGAAAUCUUAACGCCACAGCAUGCAAUGACAUUCUAGACAAUUCUGUGCUCUGAACUUUGUGGCAACAGUUUGGGGAAGGCUCUUUCCUGUUUCAGCAUGAUUUCAGGUCCAUACUGAAAUGGUUUGUCGAGAUUGUUGUGGAAGAACUUGACUGGAACUGCACAGAGCCCUGACCUUAAACCUUCGGGAUUAAUUUGAACGCAGACUGCAAAUAAGGCCUAAUCGACCAACAUCAGUGCCCGACUUCUGUAAUGCUGUUGUGGCUGAAUGGAAGCAAGUCCCUGCAGACAUCUCACGGAAAGCCUUCACAGAAGAAUGAAGGCUGUUAUAGCAGCAAAGGGGGACCAACUUCAUAUUAAUGCCCAUGAUUUUGAAACGAUAUGUUUGACAAGCAAGUGUCCAUAUACUUUUGGCCAUGUAGUGUACGUAACAGGAGUAUUUGUGAUGCUGGAACUAAUUCCAUAAACUGUGGAAACUGAACCGUGUAAAUAAAGUAAACCUCUACCAGGCAUUGUCAGACCUCUACUGGACAGCAACUGUGAAGCAGAAUAAUAGACAGUACCAUUCAAAAGUUUGGACACACCUACUCAUUCCAGGGUUUUCUUUAUUUAUCCUAUUUUUUACAUUAUAGGAUAAUAGUGAAGACAUCAAAACUAUUUUAAAAACACAUACGGAAUCAUGGAGUAACCAACUUUUUGGGGAGAUACUUCAAAGUAGCCACCCUGAGCAUGGAUUACACCUUUGCACACUCUUGGCAUUCUCUCAACCAGCUUCACCUGGAAUGCUUUACCAACAGUCUUGAAGGAGUUUCCACGUAUAAUGAGCACUUAUUUGCUGCUUUCCCUCACUUUGUGGCCCAACUCAUCCCAAACCAUCUCAAUUGGGUAGAGGUCAGGUGAUUAUGGAGGCCAGGUCAUUUGAUGCAGCACUCCAUCCUUCUUGGUCAAGUUGCCCUUAAACAGCAUGGAGGUGUGAUGGGUCAUUGUCCUGUUGAAAAACAAAUGAUAGUCACACUAAGUGCAAACCAGAUGAGAUGGUGUAUCACUGCAGAAUGCUGUGUUAGACAUGCUGGUUAUGUGUGCCUUGAAUUCAAAAUAAAUCACUGACAGUGUCUCCAGCAAAGCACCCCCACACCAUCACACCUCACCCUCCAUGCUUCAUGGUGGGAACCAUACAUGCAGAGAUCAUCCGUUCACCUACUCUGGGUCUCACAAAGACAUGACGGUUGGGACUAAAAAUCAGACUACAGGACAGAUUUCCAGUUCCUGCAAUGAUAUUGACUUCGUCUAUUACCAAUUAGGGCUAUCUUCUGUAUACCACCCCUACCUUGCCACAACACAACUGAUUGACUCAAACGCAUUUCAGAAGGAAAGAAAAUCCACAAAUUAACUUUUAACAAGGCACACCUUUUCAUUGAAAUGCUUUCCAGGCAACUACUUCAUGAUACUGGUUGAGAGAAUGCCAAGCGUGUGCAAAGCUGUCAUCAAGGCAAAGAGUGGCUAGUUUGAAGAAUAUAAAUAUAAAAUAUAUUUUGAUUUGUUUAACACCUUUUUUGGUUAUUUAAUGAUUCCCAUAUGUGUUAUUUCAUAGUUUUGCUGUCUUCAAUAUUAUCUUACAAUGUAGAAAAUAGUAAAAAUAAACAAAAACCCUUGAAUGAGUAGGUGAGUCCAAACUUUUGACUGGAACUGUAUAGAUGUUUUUAUUUUAUUUAACUAGGCAAGUCAGUUAAGAACUAACUCUUAUUUUGGCCUAACCCAGUUAAGGUUAGGGUUUGGCCUAACCCGGAGGACGCUGAGCAAAUUGUGCGCCACCCUAUGGGACUCUCAAUCACAGCUGGUUGUGAUACAGCCCAGGAUCAAACCAGGGUUUGUAGUGACACCUCUAGCACUGAAAUGCAGUGCCUUAGUCCGCUGCGCCACUUGGGAAGAAUGUGGUUAAUUCUUACAUGUUUGGGGAAAAAAAAUGUAUUUCCCCUUAGGGCCAACUCGAUCUGUCCUACUAUUGCUCCAAUGCCAUCACUUUCAUCAUAAAGGAGAAGGAAUAGUCUAACACACACCGUUGUGAUUCCAUUUCUAUGGUUCUGAUAAUAGGACUGCACAUAAUCAACCUCACAGAAAAGACUCAUGCUUUAGUCACAGUUUAUCACAGAGCCUAUGUAAAUUAAAUGACGGACAAUUGCAUGGCAGUAUAAAACAUCAUGCAGAUUAUGGGUGAAUUAUCUCAUCACUUCAGGAUGAUUAUAUCACUGACAGAAGAAGGAGCUAGAUUCAACUGAAGCAUUGGUUUAGAAUUUCCACUCACCAUCAAAUACAAUGAUAAGGUCCAGUGGCGGGAAGUGGGAGAAAAUUGAGCAAGAAGAAACCUGGCCGACAUUCUGCUAAUUAUCAUUGCUCUCAAUACAGUUUUCUGCUCACAAAACUAGAAUCUGUUACGAACAGAGUACAAAUAAUGUGUUGGUAGUAGGAGUACAAGGGCGAAUUGAGUUAUUGCACACACGUACUUCACAGAGAAGCAAAUACAUGCUAAAAAGCACCAGUAGGAUCUCACUAGCUCGAGCUUGGCUCUGCCCACGUCCUUGCUUGUUCUGCCACAGUGGUUAAUUUGCUACUAUUGGAAACAACGCCAAUUAGAUACCUUGGUUUGUUUACACGUGUCUUUGAUUAUAUUGCCCUAGAAUCAUUAGUGCUUAGUGCUUAGAAAUAUAGAUUUGACCUUUUUUGAUAUGCUGUAGGAAUAACAUUGCUGUUACUCUGUUAGUAGGCAUUCUAAAUUAAUGUUGUUGCCCUCUCUACCCAGGAGCUGAUGUAGGAGGAUCAGGACAAUAGUCAGAUUGGACCUGUAUCCCAAAUGGCACCCUAUUCCCUGACCAGGGUCAAAAGUAGUGCACUAUAUACAGAAUAGUGUCCCAUUUGGGAUGCAGUUAGGGUUUUGAAUGUGGCCUGAGGCCAAGUUAGCAUCUCGACCUUAAAGGAUUUAUGAGCGGUGACUUGUAUGAGAAGCUGCUCUUCUAUUUGAAUAGAUGAGAUACUGUGAAGCGUCUUUCUCUGUUUUAUCUUAACACACACAGCAGAUCUUUGUAUUUAUAUCUGAGAGAGGUCUGAAGAUUUUUCUGUCAAAGGAUGGGAGUGAAAUUAAGACUGCAGUUUUCUAACAAUGUCGAGGGCAGACUUUACUCUAUUAUUCAUUUGCAUAACAGAUGGUAGCAGCUCAUCUAGUGCUUCAGAAUGUUCCAUAUUUCCCCAUUACUUAAACCAAUCACAGCUUCACAAUUUACUGGAACAACAACUCUCACUGGCUCACAACUCAAACCCACAAUCUGUUCCUCUGUUGUGUGAUUUAAUCAGGCUUAGAGUAAGUGUGUGGAAUAUUUUCCUGUCAUUUAUUUAUAUUGUGGUAUUUAUGACUACUAGACACAGCUAUGUUAUUAAUUGUUCCAUUGAUGCAACACUGUUGUAUAGCUGAAAAGAGCCCCAAGGAUUGUUAAAAGGUGUACUUUACCUGUUUGGCUCAAGAUCCCAUGAAGAAUGUUGAGGAAGGUUGAGACCGUGGAAAAACUACUUUGAUUAGUAUCUGGAUUGUGUUGUAUAAUCUUGGAUAUUACUGAUCAGAUUAGUUCUAGUUUGACUUAAAACAUGUACUGUAUAGUAAAUUUUUUAAUACAUUUUCUACAUAUUAAUAAAAUAUUCCAAUAGUCA